AUGCUUAUUUCUCUUUUCCAUGAGCUUCCAAACUCUUAUUUUGUAGCAGGAAUCUCUGCAGCAUCAGUAGCAACAACUGAUGCAAGUUGUCAGUCUGCAUCGACCACCUAUCGGCAUACUCUCAAAGAUGUUAACAAUCUUGAGACUUCCUCAGAAUUCCUAUCGAAGGCCACAAGUACUACCGUCUAUUGGGUCCAGAUGCCUGGGAUGAAGCCUGGUCCGAAUUCAGUUGGAAUCUUUGCCAUUUCUCAAAGUUGCGGUGGAGUGGGAGCUCGAGUCUGUAGUCUUGUUAGUUUAGAACCUGCAAAUGUUUUGUGCUGUGAAAUUCACCUGUUAGCUGAAAAAGUAAACUUUAAUGUUUUCAGAACAUAA